AUGUCUUCUCUCUCUACUACUCAAAGUGUCGUCUUUGCGGUUGCACUGGCCACAUCUCUCAGCGCAGGAUUUGCCUUGGGAGCAUGGGCCACCUACAGGGAACGGCACGCCGCUGAACCGCGAGCACCAUCCGCGACGAAGCCGGAGCCCUCGAAGGAUGCCCGAGAGGAUAGCGAUGAGGAGGUGGAGGAGGAGGAGGCCGAUGGGGAUCUUUCUGCUGUAAAGCCUGAAUUUCUGGAGCCUUGUAAGAUGGUGCUGGUCGUACGAACGGAUUUGGGGAUGACAACGGGAAAGAUCGCUGCUCACCAUGCAACGUUGGCCUGCUACAAGGCUCUUCAAAAGACAAAUCCUGCUAUUGCGCUCAAAGCAACUUCAGAAGACGAGCUCUUGGAGCUGGAAGCGAUAGCCAAGAGUUUGAAUUUGGCCGCCCGUUCUAUCCUCGACGCCGGUCGAACACAAAUAGCUGCGGGCUCGCGCACUGUUCUUGGUAUAGGCCCAGGUCCCGUAGAACUCGUAAACAAGGUGACCGGCAAGCUUCGUUUACUGUGA